AUGGCUGCCGCGGCCCAUGGACACUGCGCAGCCCCGAAACCGGCACCCGCCCCCCCCACCACACCCGAAGCCCCAACAGCCGCAGCCGCCCCCCCAGCAGCCACCCCCGGUACCACCUGUCCCCCAGCCCCAGGCCCAGGGCCAGCCGCCGGGACUGGGGAUGCAAGGCCUGACGCCUCAGCAGCCCCUUUUCCAGCGGCAGGGCCUUCAGCAGACGCAGCAGCAGCAGCAGACGGCGGCCUUGGUCCGGCAGCUCCAGCAGCAGCUCUCCAAUACACAGCCCCAACAGAACAACAACCCGUUUGGACGGUAUUGAGGCCCCACGAGGGAAGAAGCAACUUCACGGUGGACUUGGAAGGGUCUUUCUCCAAGGUCAGGGGGAGGACAGCCCCCGUCCCCCAGGCUCUGGCUGUGCAGCAGCACCCCCUGUCCAGGGCUGGGAGUGUUUUAUCAUGCCGAAUGAGUGUUUUUAAUCUCCACUUUCUACCAGUGUUUCCAAAUCCUGUGUGAUUGCUAGAGUCUCCCACCCCACUUUGAUUUCAGCUUUUAAUAAGUUUUUAGUAUUUUUGUUAAAAUAAUGACAAAAAAACAACUUGUAAGAUUUUAUACUUUAUUUAUACCAGAUGAACCCUGUAUCACAGAUGUCCUGAAAAGAAAUACACAGAGCAUACUUUCCA